CAUCAGGUUUGUGCCUGACGUAAACAAUCUGCGUCGGGAAGCUGGGGAAGAGCGAUGGCGACAGCUCAGGCGAAGCUCGACAAAGAGAGCGAUGACUGCUCUCUGCUGCCUUUAGUUCAUGAUAUUAUUAAAUGCAUGGACAAAGACAACCAGGAUGUCCUCCAAGAACUUGGUAAACUAAAGGCAAAGAUCCAGGAGGCUCGGGAGCAGAUCUCCAACAUGCCGGGGAUAGACAGCAGUCCGCUGGAGCAGCAGCAGCAGCUGGCCACGCUGCGGGAACAGGUCCGCACGAAGAACCAGCUGCUGCAGAAAUAUAAAAGUCUCUGCAUGUUUGAUGUGCCCAAAGCAUCAUGAUACUAAAAGACUUUGCAUGCACGCAGUAUGGAGGAAGCGAUUGGAGGUGGCGUGAUUCAGGAACACCGGAUGGACAUUGAAAUAAUAACCGUCUUUUCUUCAAUUGUGUCGGACUGCAACAUGUUUUUGAACUUGUCUUUGUUAUUUGUGUUAUCACAGUGCAAAUUUGUUUAUAUGAUAUUUGUAUUAAAUUGGGAUUUUCACUUUUUUGAAUCCCAUGAUAUUGA